AUGGGAGAGGGAGGUGGCGGUCGUCGCCACCAUUUGACUCUCGAGUCUGGAGAGCAUUUACUCCAUUUAUAUGCGUAUAAAUCGAAUUCGUUAAGAACGGGUUUGUUUUACAUAUUAUCCAUAUUAACCUUGGGGCUUUUUCGCUUAGUUCUUCAUUGGAAACAAAAAUGGCAUAUCCGAUUCCGUGCCACACGAUCUACAUUUGCCUUUGCUGAUUUUCUAGUACCUCACGAAGAUGGAUCAAUGCGAGAAGUUGAUGAAGUGAGAUGGUUCGUUUAUCGAAAGCUGGUCUACAUUUGGGUCGAGAAAGUGAAAAAGAUUGUUGAUCUUGAUGAUGAAAGAGAUGGACAUUGGGUGACGCCGGGUGAUGUCAUUAGUCAGGUUUCUCAACGCCUCGCAACUUACGGGUUAAAUUCUAUAGAAAUAAAACUUCGACCUAUACCUAUGCUUUUAUUUAUGGAAGUGAUUUCACCUUUUUAUAUUUUCCAGAUUUUUAGUGUCACUGUUUGGUAUAAUGAUGAAUAUUGUUAUUAUGCUUCUGUUAUUGUUAUUAUGUCAAUUUGUUCUAUUAUAAUGGAUGUUCUCCAGACGAGAGGGCAAGAGAAACGGCUGCGAGCAAUGGUUCAUUCAAGUAGUGAAGUGGAGGUGCUAAGAAAUGGGGGCAUUACUACUCAAAUCGAUAGUGAGAAGUUAGUGCCUGGAGACAUACUUUUGAUUCCACCUCAUGGUUGUCUCCUUCAUUGUGACGCAGUGCUUAUGAACGGAACUGUUAUUGUCAAUGAGAGCAUGCUAACCGGAGAGUCCGUCCCAGUUACGAAGGUUGCUCUUACUGAGGAUGUUCGGGAGGAGAAACAUUUUUGUAUCGAGAAGCAUUCCAAGCAUGUACUAUUUUGUGGGACACAAGUACUUCAGACUCGAUACUACCGUGGUCAGAAAGUUAAGGCCGUAGUGCUGCGCACUGGAUUUUCCACUAUGAAAGGACAGCUGGUCAGAUCGAUAAUGUAUCCUAAGCCUGUAGACUUCCGCUUUACGAAGGAUUUAUUCAAAUUUGUUGGAUUUCUUGGCUGCAUUUCUGGUUGUGGUUUCAUUUAUACCAUUAUCAUAAUGUGCCUGAGAGGAAGUAGCCUACGACGAGUAAUUAUUCGUGCGUUAGACAUCAUCACAAUUACGGUUCCUCCUGCUCUGCCUGCGGCUAUGUCUGUCGGAAUCAUUAAUGCACAACUCAGACUGAAGAAAAAGAAAAUUUACUGCAUCUCUCCAUCUACGAUCAACACAUGUGGAGCAAUCAAUGUUGUUUGCUUCGAUAAAACUGGUACUCUGACCGAAGAUGGCUUGGAUUUCCACUUACUUCGAGGAGUAGUGCCACCAAAUGGAGCUAGCAAGCCGAUUUUCACAACUGAGUCGAGCGAUAUGGACCGCAUGCAGCUACCGUUGGAAGGAGAGCUCGUCAAUGCAAUUGCCACAUGUCACUCCCUCACGAGAAUAAAUGGUGUGUUACAUGGAGACCCACUCGAUCUCGUACUUUUCCAAAAAACCGGGUGGAUCCUCGAAGAGGCUGGACCGGAUUGUACUGAUCAUGAUGAGACUGAGAUGUAUGACAUGGUCCAGCCUACUGUCGUAAAACCACCAGCGCACAACAGUAAAGGCGGUUGUGAAGAGUACUCUGUAAUCCGCCAAUUCACUUUCAGUUCAUCUCUUCAACGUAUGUCUGUGAUUGUGUUCGAUCCCUCGAAGGAUUCACAUGCGAUGACAUUGUAUUGUAAGGGCGCACCAGAAAUGGUUGAGUCGUUGUGCGAUCCUGCAACCAUUCCUGCGGAUUAUUCCGCUGUCGUUAACGAAUAUGCACAGCAUGGCUUUCGGUUGAUAGCGGUGGCUCGGCGUUCUCUCAAUAUUAACUUCAGUAAAGCUGUCAAAGUGCCUCGAGACAAGGUGGAAUGCCAGCUAGAACUCUUGGGUGUGGUUGCAAUGGAGAACCGUAUUAAACCAGUCACCCUAGGAGUCAUUAAUCAACUAAACCGCGCUCGUAUCAGAACUGUGAUGGUAACCGGUGACAAUUUGCUCACAGCCAUGAGCGUAGCUCGAGAAUGUGGAAUAAUAAGGCCGAAUAAGCGAGCUUUCCUCAUUGAGCAUAUUCCAGGGGAAGUUGACCCACGCGGGAGAACAAAAAUAGUUGUAAAGCAGUCCGUUUCUUCAUCGGGUGAUAUAUUGGAAGACGACCCAAAUUUAUUGAAAACCGGAGCAGACGUCGAACUUGGAAAACUGAUUCAGAGCAGCUACCAUCUUGCGAUAUCAGGGCCAACAUUCGCUGUCAUCACCCAUGAGUAUCCUGAUGUCCUGUCGUCGUUGGUAUGUGUUUGCGACGUAUUCGCUCGAAUGGCUCCUGAUCAGAAACAGCAACUGGUCAACGGCCUCCAGGAAGUCGGAUAUACAGUCGCUAUGUGCGGGGACGGCGCUAACGACUGCGCAGCCUUGAAGGCUGCACACGCUGGAAUUUCUCUUUCCGACGCUGAAGCUUCCAUAGCGGCUCCGUUCACUUCAAAAGUCGCGGAUAUUCGUUGUGUGCCCACUGUAAUCAGUGAGGGACGAGCUGCUUUGGUGACUUCUUUUGGAAUAUUCAAAUACAUGGCUGGGUAUUCACUAACGCAGUUUGUCACUGUGAUGCUUCUCUAUUACAUUUCUAAUAUACUUACUGAUGGACAGUUCAUGUAUAUUGAUAUGUUUCUGAUAACAUUGCUGGCAGUCCUGUUCGGAAACACAUCAGCAUAUGACAAACUUUGUCCAACUCCUCCACCAACACGGCUUUUGUCAAUUGCAAGCAUUUGCAGUGUAUUAGGACAACUGGCUAUCAUGGGCGGAACUCAGGGUACGGCUGUGUUCUACGUAUCCGUGUUCCAGUACAUUACUUUGGUUGUUGUUUACUCGAAAGGGCCACCCUAUCGCGAUACGCUCUUCAGCAAUCGUCCAUUCUGCGCAUCGAUCGUGUUUGCCACGCUGUUUUCCCUUGUCAUAAUUUUAUGGUCUCCGCCGUGGUUGCUUGACUUCAUGGGCAAUAUGGAUUUGCCAUCAGCAGAGUUUCGCUGUCUUCUGGUGCUCUACGCCAGCAUCAACGCUGUGGUCUCAUUUCUAUAUGAAAAAGUUUUUGUGGAGCGAUUUAUACUCGAUUACAUGGAGAGGUUAGCCUUUCUGUUUUGUUGA